AUGAUUAUUGUUAUAUUAUGUGUAAUUACUUUGUGUAAUUCAAAUGAGAUAUAUGUAAAUACAAUAAGACCUAAGUUUAAUCCAUCAGAGACAUAUACAUAUUAUUAAUUACCAUAUUGUAAACCAAAUGAUUUGGAAGAGGUGAUUGAAAGUUUGGGAUAAUAGUUAUCUGGUGAUUAAUAGAUGAAAUCAUUAUAUAAGUUUGAUGAGAAUAUAGAGGAUAAAUAGGUAUGUUAAAAAAAUGUAACAAAAAUGGAAAUGUAGAAAUGGAUGGAUGCAAUAGAUUAAGAAUAUAUAGUUGAAUUUUAUAUAGGGGAUUAAAUAAUGCAUGAUAUAGUAGGAAUAUUUGAAAAUGGUUAAUAUUAUCUUAAGAAUAGAAUAACAUUUAAUUUAUAUAAGUCUAAUGAUAAGAGAUUAAUGUAUGGUAAUAUAACAAGAAGUGAUAAAGAUUUCAUAGAAAUAAAUUCAUAAGUAGAUGGAAUCGAAAUUAGAUUUUAUUAUAGUGUAAUAAUAAAGUAAUAUAAUGAAUUGAUGAAUGUCCAUGAUCAUAGUGUGAAAUGGCAUUUAUUAAUAUUUAAAAGCAUAAUAAUAUUAGUAUUAGUUAUAAUUGUAAGUGGAGUAUUAAGAAGAUCAAUAUUAAAUGAUUAUAGUAAUAUUCCAGAUGAAGAGAAUGAAAUAGAACCAUAAGGAUGGAAGGCAAUUAAAAUAGAGUCAUUAAUGCCUCCAUCCAAUCGAAUAGUAUUUUCUGCAUUACUUGGUACAGGAAUCCAUUUUUUAAUAACAAUUCUAGCGUUGUUAAUUUUAGGAUCAUUUGAGUUGUUUGAAACACAUAAGGGAUCAAUAAAAUCAGCAGGAAUAAUCAUAUACAGUUUUGGCGGAUGUAAGUAGAAUAGUGAUUCAAUAUUAUUAUAGCAAUUAAUGGGUAUUACUGUGGGAAGUUUUAUAAAUUUUAUGGAGGAAAGAGUUGGUUAUUAAAUUUAUUUAUUACUGCAGUAUUAUUUCCAGUAUCUGCAAUUUCUAUUCUGUUUAUGAUAGAUGUACUAUCGUAUUUAUUUGGUACUACUACGACUCUUUCAUUUACAUCUAUAUUUUCUGUUGGAUUUAUUCUAACAGUUGUAUAUCUGCCAUUAACAAUAAUAGGCGGUGUUACAGGUAGAUUAAGAACUAUUGAUGAAUUGUUUGAAAAAAGAUUAAAGAAGAAAUUUAAAAUCUCAAAUUAUUAUUUUCUAUCAAAAGGAUGUCUCUAUGGAAUAAUACCUUUUAUGUAUAUAGAUAGAUUCAAUUAAUAGAUCUAUCAUUAUAGAAUUGUAUUACAUCUUACAGAGUACGUGGAGUGAUUAACUAUUUGAGUAGUAUACAUUGUUAAUCUUUUCUUAUAUUUAAUUAUUGAUCAUUGUUGGUUGUUUAUCCAUCAUCCAAACUUAUUAAUAAUUAAAUUAAGGAAAUUACAAUUGGUAAUGGAUAUCAUUCUUAAAUGGAGGAUAAUCUAUCAUUUACAUAUUUGGAUUUAUAUUUUGCUAUUAUUAUUUUGUAAAUAUGCAUGGAUUUUUUUAAUUUUUAUUUUAUUUUUCAGAAAGUAUCCUAGCAUGUUUUGUUUUAUGGAUGAUGUUAGGUUCUGUAAGUUAUUGGAUAUCAUUAAAAUUUGUGAUAUAUAUUUAUACAUCAAAUAAAUAUUUAUGA